GUCAAAAUCCCACUACAGCCCUUCUCCGUUCCGCCCCAACCAGACUAGAAAGGAAGAGCCUUUCUGCCCCCGCCCCGGCCCCCGCAGCGCGCGGCAUGGACUUCUCGGAGCAGGACGUCGACGUCUUCGACGGGGACUACGACGUCCACGACGGCGGCGCCGAGGCCGAGGCCGACGGUGGCGGCGGUGACUCGUCAGGCUCCUCCUCCCCGUCCUCAUCCUCGUCGUCCUCCGCCGCCGCGUCCUCCUCUUCCUCCAGCGACGCCUCCAGCCGCAGCAGCGGCGGCAGCGAGGGCGAAGAGGGAGCCGACGAUGGGGACGGCGGCGAGUACGAUCCGCUCGACGUCGCGGCGACGAGGGGAGUCGGCGCCAGCGGGUACCGGGAUGAGGAGAGGGGGGAGGACGAGGAGGUAGAGGAAGAGAGGGAUUUGUUCGGCUCCGAUAACGAGGAGUACGUCAGGACCCCCGCGCGCAGCAACUACCUAGUCCCAGUGCUUCCUGCAAUUCGUAACACUAACAAUCAUUCUCGGGGAGGCUUCGGAGGACGAGGUGGCAGAGGUCCACCACUUCUUCCGAGGCCAGGAGGCCAUCCAGGGCGACACAACUUUGGCUAUGGGAGGUUCUCACAUGGAAAUGGGCGUAACAUUGAAGGUUUUGUUUCAGAAAUGAAGCUUAAUAAGAGUGAAGAAACAUUAUCUAGAAAGGCUGUUGCUUUUCAGGAGCCUUGUGAGAUUGCAUGCUUAAGCCGUGUUGAGGGCGGGGAUGUGCAUUUUAAUGAUCGCAGCUUGAGGUAUUUCAAACAUGAAAUUUGUGACUAUGUCGGUGCGGAUCUCAAUAAAGGAUUUGAAUCAUUUAUAGAGAAGAGAGAUUUGGGUUCUGAAGGAUUUGGCUAUCUUCUCGCAUGCAUAAGAAAUUCAAACAAACCUCUUCAGAAUAAUAUACAUUUUGUGACAUACCGCAACAAUCUCAACAAGAUAUUGGCCACUGCUUACCUAAGAGAACCAUGGAAGAUGGGUGUGCACAAAAGAGGCGGUGUCGUAUACCUUGAUGUUCAUAAGCUCCCUGAAAGACCAAAAAGUGAGGUGGAGCGCAGGAGAUGUUAUUGGGGUUAUUCUUUUGAAAACCUUGCCACUGAAAACGGCGAGGAUGGAAGAGGUAUUGAUGCAAAUGUAGAGUUCUGUUCUGUAAUAAAGACAAAACUUGGUGCACAUCGCAUUAUCAUGGGAGCUGAGAUGGACUGCUGUGAUAUAACCGUUGAUGGCAAGCGGUUCUACGUGGAGUUGAAAACAAGCAGAGAGCUGGAGUACCAUACGGUGGAAGCAUAUGAGAAAGAAAAGCUACUUAGGUUUUGGAUUCAAUCAUUCCUUGCUGGUGUUCCUUACGUUGUUGUGGGAUUCAGGAAUGAUGCUGGCAUACUUGUACGAACUGAAAGACUUAGAACCAAAGAUAUUACACAAAAGGUGAAGGCAAAGAACUACUGGCAGGGUGGCGUCUGCCUGGCCUUUGCUGAUGAGGUCUUAUGCUGGCUGUAUGGGACUGUCAGAGAGAAUGAAGACUACGUUCUACAAUUUGUACAUCCAUUUAAUCGCUUGGAACUUCUACGCGUUCAGUCUCCCUGCCCUGAAGCCAUAACAUUGCAUGUGCAGCAGCUCUCAGCGGUGCUGUGUCUUAGAAUGGUUGAACUCGCAACUUGCUUUACUCCAAUUACGAAGUGGGAUGAGCUGAUGCAUCAAGAACUGACGACAUCCUGACAUCCUGUGAUAUGUAGUCGAUCACUGGGAGCGGCUACAUCCAUGGUUUACUCUGAGUGACCAAAGAAAUUUUGAACCAAUCAAACAUCGUACUUCGAUGGUAAUAUUAUUUUAUAAAUUAAACAAAUGAAGAGCUAUAGUGCUACGCUACUAGUUCCUGCCACCAACUAUGUGACAUCUGUAUCAAUGACGGUGCGAAUGUUGAAUAUCCAAAUUGUUAUAGUCCUGUGAAGUUAUGUAAACAGAAAUUUUCAUAUGUUAGAGAUUUCAAAUAAUAAAUCACAAAUGAGUGAAUGAUGAUUGGAAUGGUGCGUGGCU